AUGAUAUGGUUUCAGAAUAAGUUAUUGGAUAAGGAUUAAUUCCUGGAAAUGUAACAUACUUCUAUCAAAUAUACCCAUAGUAUUAUUUAUAAAAUAAUUUGUUUUGCCUCUAGCAAUAUUGAUUAGUAAGAAAAAGAUGCAUUAGCUGAUUAAUUUCGCAUGAUGGUAUUAGAAAGAAAAUAAAACAAUGUUCGUAAUCUAAUUACCUAAGAAUUAGAAACGCUAUAUUCGAAUAAUAGCGUCUGUCACUUUGUUAUAAGAAUCCCCCCUCUAAACUACACGCUUGAAGCUUAAUUUUAUCUUAACCCUGUUUUUGAAUAUCAUUAUCCUAAUAUAAAUGAUAAUAUUAGAUUGUUUAAUUGGUAGGUUGAUGAAGAAACUUUAGUUGUUUUUGGAGAACACUUUGAAGUUGGAUAAAUGGAAACUUAUUAAUUAAACCAAACUUAAUUUAUAAAGUAUUCUACAUUAUUCAUGCUAAGAUAAACAUUCCUUUCAGAUUAAUAAAUGUUACUAACUGGAUACAUCCACAUUUAAUUGCUUUAUGGGUCAAUAAAUAUUCAAGGAUAAUUCUAAUUAAACGAUUUUAAAAAUAGAUACAGUUUCUAAUUGCUAUUCUGA